GAGCAGUUUACAGUGGCUCAAGGCACAUCAGAAACCAAUUCAGAAUGACAGGAAACCUUGGCUAUAACCCACUCUUUAUCUUGCUUAAAAUUUGCUGUACAGGUCAGUCUAGAUUUUUUUUAAAAGAUGGAAAGGAACACUCUUCAGGAUAUUUUCCUGUAGGGACUGACCCACUAGGAAUGCAGUCCCAAAUGAGUAUGAUGGGCAAACCACCUAUUUUUUUUUUUUGUCAGGUGCCGUCCACACUGCCAAAGCAUUGUAUGCCUGGAAAGUAUGCCCAAACAAAAAAAAAAUAUAUUUUUUAAUCGUAUUAAGUGAUUAAGUGAUUAAUCACUUAAGUGUUAAGUGAUUUAAAAGCAUUUCUGGAAACAUUGCUUAGUUGUAAAUAUCUGAAAAAAACAGGAACAUUUGAAGUCUCAGGACUAGAAGCUUGCUAGUUGAGAGCAAAUCCUGCUCUUUUUGUCCAGGUAGGCAGAAGUGUCCCAGGUUGGACUUGGACGGGCUUUAGCGAUAAAGAAGAAAGGGGUGGAGGAGCUGAGGGGUGAAACCCAGAAAGCACCUGGAGCAGUGGCGGGGAGCCCGUAGCAGGGAAAGGAGAACCGGGAGAGGAUCCCAACAGCAAGGCACCUACAGUAAAGUUCCCGGAGAUGGAAGGCGUGAAGAAAGAGUCCGUCAGGUUGAACAAAAACAAGCAGCAGCCUGUAAAAACAGAGUGGAAUUCCCAGUGUGUCCUCUUUACCUACUUCCAAGGGGACAUUAACAGUGUGGUGGACGAACAUUUUUCCAGAGCCUUGAGUAACACUAAGGUUCCAAAGGACCUGAGCACCAAAUGUAGGUGGGAAGAUGGUAUCCGAAAGAAGGACGAUCACACGGCUUCCAGUCGGUGGAAUUUCUCUUCUCAGUGGACCAAACCCCAGCAAGCUUCUCCCGGGAACAGCCGAGCCGGCUGUGGCUUAAAUCUGUCUGCCGCCGCUAUGGACCAUUAUCCAGUGCCAGUGAUGAGGAGCCAGCCUGGCCAUCCCGGAGAUCCGUGGCACUUCCAGUCAAUGGGAAACCCAAGUCCUUCUGGCCCCAGGUACCCUCCGCCCUUUCCUGAGCUGCACGUGGCACGGGGACCGGCGUCCGAAGGAAAAUAUGGUUCGCUGUUAAGUCUCCUGCAGCAGGAGAGGUGCCUGGGCUGCAGUCAGGAAUGUGAGAUGAAGCGAGAUCCCGGCUCUUCCUGUAUUACUGGAACUGCCAGGUUAGCCAGUGUGACUCGGAAUCCUGAUGGCGGUAAGAGCCCGGAAAGUGCCAGCAGUGAUCUUGCAAACGGAAACUGGUACCUGAACCUGCAAAGCUAACUGCGCCUCACUGGAACACAGCUGAGAGGGAAAACCUGAUUCUGUAGAAUAUUAAAUUGCCUUGAUUCAUUCAUCCAUUCA